UCGAUUGGUCCGAAGACAGCUGGGAGAAAGUUCUUGAAGGGGGAUGCUCCGAAACAGUGUAUAAGUGUGCUCGUAUAAGAGUGAAAAGACAUCCAGGCAGCUUCAGGUAUGACGAAGUAUUGGCUGAAUGUGGCCCUUCUCAGGGUCAUUCUACCAGUCAUCUUAGCUGGAUGUACGAUAUGGCGACCAACGGGAUUGUCGAUCGUUUACCUGGGACUAAUGCUUUAUUCUCCGAUGGUCCCAAUACCGACGCACAAAACCAUAACAGGCCACACGGGAAUAUACUUAAAGACUUGUAUUUGCCUAGCAUUUCUUAUAGUUAUAGCUCAGAUCACCUUUCACAUUGUCCUUUUGUCACUACCGCCGUAUGGAUACUUUUUACAAAACUGCGAAUUUUUGGAGAAGCUCUUCAGACACAUAGGCUUUGUCAGAUUAGAUAGUGCAUCUGUAUGGGAAGUAUUUUACUGGUUGGCGCCGGAAUUUAUAGUUUUACCUACCGUACUUGUUGUAUAUUUUAUAUGUCGUUUCCUUACGCAAAGACGUGCUAGCAUUGAAGAGGAUGAAACUGCUCUUCAUCAAGAAAAUAAUUUGCAACGAAAAAAAAUAGAGGAUAGUUCCACAAAGAUAAUUAAUUUCUUGGGAAGUAUCGGUAUCUAUGUUGUAUUGGCGUCAUUAUGCUGUGUCGCGGCCUUGAAGCCAUCGAUAGAGGCGGCCUUCUAUUUCCUGGUGUUUCUCGGCGCUGCUACAUGCUGGGCAUGCAACAAAGAACUGCGAAAGGGAUUUUCCGUGAUCUGCAGGAUCAUCAUGAUCAUCGUGAUUGUUCACAUCGUUAUAUUACUCGCCUACCAGAACGAAUGGCUGCAAGAAAUUGUUCCUGUAUCUAGUGCCUGGUCGCGUUACUUGGCUCUGGCUGCAGUUUAUCACACCAAUUGUAGCGAUCCGAGAAAUGUGGAAUAUACAGAUAAUGCCGAUUGGUUGAUUUACGGAUACGCUUUGAGAUUGUUCUGGCUCUACUAUAUCCUCGCAUUGCAGUCGCAAUUUCUCAGUAGAAAACCGGCGAAAGAAGCAAAACGAUUAAGUGGCAGACUGGAAAAUCUGGACACUCCAUUGUCCAGGCAUGUGUCCCUCAGGCGCAGGACACCUUCCCAAAGAUGGCAAUCAGCUCGUCGUAAGGCUCGUAAGCUGGUCGUAGAUUCGCCGUUGGCAACAAUCGACGAGCGAACACCUCUGAUGCGAUUUGGAUCUGGAAGAACGGGCCUUCUUCAGGACUCCACUACCGGAAGUAUCAUUGUGAAUCAGGAUGGUCAACAAGAUGAUAACAUACAAAUGCAAAGUCUCAGUGAAGGAACACCUGAUGAAAUAUCAGGCGUCAUUGAACAAAUAAUCAUGGCAGUGUAUUCUAUCUUCCAAUUAAUAGUAAAUUCAUCAUAUCUUGCUACAAAUAUAAUAAUGAUGACGUGGAGCAUAAUGUAUCACAGCUGGACAACAUUCGUUCUCCUUUUAUGGGCGCUAAUUCUGUGGAUGGUUCCCAAUAAACGUGCUUCAAUGAUGAAAUGCUCUCCUUUCAUCGUGUUCUAUGCAACUCUCUUACUUCUCGGACAAUACGUAUACAGUAUGGAUCUGACAGAUGAAGAAUUGCCAAGAGUAGUAAGCGGCGUAAAAAUUUCUGAAAUUGGUUUCAGCAAAGCUGACGAACUCGGCCGUUGGCAUCUUAUAGUUAAAUGUUUAUUUAUAUCAAUGUUCUGGAUCACUAUGAGACAGUAUAUGACAGAACGAAAGCAACAGCGACGAUCAUCUGCUCUGAGGGAUAUGGUAGCGCCUUUACACAUAUCUGUCUCAACGGCUACAACCGUUAUAAAUCAUCAGGAGGCACCAGAAAUCAAGAGCAAAUUUAUGAAAGAUGUUGGAAAACUAUUGCAAGAUCUACUAACAAGAUUUUGGAUUGCUGUGGUAGCAAUCAUGCUGUUCAUCUGCGGCAUUACGGGCGAGCGUAUGACCAUGUUCAGAAUCGUUUACAUGUCGCUAUUUCUCAUUUUUGUUAUCACAUUCCAGAUAUCAUGGACAGCAUGGAGAAAAAUGAUGUAUGUAUUUUGGGUGACUGUCAUUGGAUAUUCGAUCGUCAUGCUGAUUCUCGUUUACACUUACCAAUUUCAAAACUUUCCGAAAUAUUGGGAGUAUCUUGGUAUAGAUCAAGAUUUACAAAUGGACAUUGGAUUAGAGACCUACGAGAUCAAAGAUUUGUUUGUGAGAUUACUAACGCCAACGUUUUUCGUCAUCAUUACAGUACUUCAGAUUCAUUAUUUCCAUAAGGAUUUUCUUGAAGUCACAAAUAUUGAUAGAUUAGGGCCCGAAAGCUCAUUUAGACGAGCUAGUCUAGGAUAUUCUCCCAGCUUAAAUAUUCCAGAAUCUUCACCAACUGAAGUUACACUCACCGAAGAUGAGAAACAUACGAUAUACACACUGAAGCAAUUAAAACAUAUGUCAAAAUUAGAAAGAAAAGCGCUAUUACACAACAUGAAAAACCAUCUUGUAAAUUUUUAUAAUUACACCUGGCUGUUCCUCGAAAUACACAUGCAAAAAAUAGUUUUUAUUUCAUUUGUUCUUCUAUGCAUCAAUGACGUAUGCGCAAUAAAUUUCUUUUUCAUCGUCGCCAUAGUUAUAAUGAUCAAUUUUAGAAGAAAUAUACAGAUAAAUUCAAUUAAUGCAAUGGCCGCGAUAGUAUCGCUUCUAAUGGUUACCAAGAUGUUGUAUCAAAUUAAAUAUAUUAAUCAUGAUAACUGGAAUGUCAACUGCACUAGAUCCGUCGAUGAAGACCAUCAGCAAUAUGCAAAUAACAAUCAAACCGUCUACAACAUAGCCGAAUGGUUUGGAAUGAAAAAAGCAGGUCCGGGUAUGCUUCCAGAUCUGUUGAAAGGUUACAUUGGCAUUGUUACUGUGACGACUUUCAGGAAAAUGAUUAGAAUUCGACAAUGGUUUUAUCGACAUAAUAAAGGAGAAUCAUUGGAUACUCCUCAAGUAAUGUUCCCAACCAUUACAAGGAUGGACGCUGACAAAGGAUUACCAGAGUGUUUAAAGUUUCUCUUCAACUACGGUUUUUACAAAUUUGGUCUCGAAAUAUGCCUUAUUGGGAUUGUUACGCUGAUUGGCACCAGACUAGAUUUUUAUUCCGUUUUGUACAGCAUAUGGUUGCUACUAUUUUUUUCAUUGAAAAGGAAGGUUGUCGCACGAAUUUGGCCCUGUUUUAGAACUUUUGCCAUAAUUCUCCUACCUAUCCAAUACGCCAUUGUUGUGGCUCCACCUUCGUGGCUUUGUAUAGAUUAUCCUUGGAACAAUUCUGAAAUAAUGAGAAGAUUGCAGGAAUGGAUGUAUCUUCCUGAUCCAGAUUUCCCUCCGAAUUCCAGAAAACUUAUUUGUGAUUUUAUCUUACUAAUGAUGAUCGUGCGGCAAAGUUUAGUCUUCCACAUUGAGCAACAAUAUUUGCAGCCUGACAAGGAUUUUGUGGCUGGACACAAUUAUUCUGUUUUCCAAGACAUGGAAAAACCAAAUUUUGUAAAUCCUGUAAAAGAUUAUGUGUCGCACAUUCAUUCAUGGCUGGAUAUAAUUAAACGUGGUAGCAUGAUGAGUCUCAUGUGGGUGACCUUAUCGAUUAUGUUUUUGGCUGGAACAAAAAGAACGAAUCUCUUUUCGCUCGGCUAUCUUUUAGGAGCAUUUAUAUUCCUUUGGCAAGGAAGCAAUUUUUACUUAAGACCAAUGAGAACUAUUUUAAAAUGGUGGAACAUACUGAUCGGAUAUAGUGUUAUUGUAAUUUUCUCAAAGGCUCUUCUUCAAGGUGUGGGUUGCGUCCUCAUUAAAGACCUCGAAAUAUCAGCCUGUUGGCUUGUGCAAUUACUGGGUAUCGCAUGCUUGAAAAAGUUCAAGAGUUCCAGCGAGAUAGCAAUGGAUUCCAAGUGUACUGUCACUAGAGAAGAUAUCGGCAUGGUUUGGGACGGAUUAUGUUUUGCCUUUCUUUUGAUACAAAAACGAUUGUUCAAGAGCUAUUACUUCUUCCAUAUAGUAGAUGAGACAAAAGCCAUGAGCAUUUUAGCAUCUCGCGGUGCAGAAUUGUUUGAAGAACUGCAUCAAAAACGUAUAGAAAUUCAAGAAAAUGUGGAAAAGACUGUUUUAGAAAAAUUAAAGUUCAAGAUGGACAAGAUUAAAGCUAAUCAGCAGAAAAUACAGGGACCAUCUUAUAAAGAACCUCAGGCUCACAAAGUCGAUGAACUCUAUCCAAGAACACGGCCAUUGUACAAAAUUCGUUCACCGCAGACCAACAGAGAGGCAAUCAGAUCAGGCGAUUAUUACAUGUUUGACGAUCUGGAUGAUGAUGACGUUACUGAUCUUGUUCCUGAUAGCGAUAUUGAAAAGAAGGAAAAAGAACGCCGUCGUGAACAAGAACGAAAAGGAAGGAGAAUGACUGUUUCAGAGUUGAUGAACACGCUGAUUAAGACAGACAUUGAGAUCGCGACGCAUGUCGCCAUGUACGGAGGAACAGAAAAGGACGCCCUGAAACUCCGACGUAGAAGUGUACCUUUGACACGGAAGAAAUCAUCCAUGUCCUAUUUAAGCGCUCGCUCUGAGACCGACACUGCCAUGGCCACCGAUGGUCCCGAUCGAACGAGUCUCACUUCAGUAGAGAUGGAAACGGAAGAAAAAGAAACAGACUUGGCCAAAACACCAGAACCAUCAGAUAUAGAAGAAGAGAAAAUAGAAGAUAAGGAGAGCGACAAAAAAGAAGAAGAACAGAAGAAAGUCUCAUUCUUUACGUACUUCAAGUUUCUCUUGGUGAUGAUUAACAGCACUCUAACUUCAAUGACAAAAUAUCUAAAUCGUUUCUCCUACGACUACAGAUAUAUUCGCAGGGUUUUAGCGAAGGAAAAAAAGAUUCUAAAAGCGAAACCAGAUUUUAGAAUGGGAAUGCGAUUAGGAAUUAAUCAAAUGUGGCAGCCUCUGAUACAAGAACGAUCAGCUACAAAUGGCAAUAUGGAGGAACAGUAUGAUCCUGGAGAAGGUCCGAGUCAAUCGCAACCGCAAGAUGAUAGCACACUUUUCUCGCAAGCCUUGGCAGUCGAACAAGAAGAAGAAAUUGGAGAACUUUCAGAAGUGGAUCAACCUCCCAUCGUACAAUUGGCAGCGUCUAUCUGGUUUGGAAUUUUGGCGCAUUCUAGUAUACUUUGUUAUUUUAUGGUGUUUAUACAUCAAAUUAAGAAUGCGUCAGUACUCUCGACACCAUUGCCACUUAUGAUAUUCUUAUGGGGUUCUUUAACAAUCCCACGACCCUCAAAAACAUUCUGGAUAACAAUGAUCGCAUAUGUCGAGGCCAUUGUCAUAAUAAAAUGUAUUUUCCAACUGGAAUUGAUUCCUUGGAAUCAAAAGGCUCCAAUAAGCCAUCCAUUAUACGAACCGAGGAUUAUUGGUGUUUUAAAAGAUUCUAAUUAUGCUCUAUGGGAUUUAUUAUUGCUUCUUAUGCUAUUCUUUCAUAGACUUAUGCUAAAAUCCUUGGGUCAAUGGACAGCUGCAUCUCCACGAAAAAUAAUUCCUUCUCAGUUACCUGUAGUGCAGGCAAAACCAUUAUUUUCAGACAAAGAACAAGAAGAACUAAUCAUACAACAAGAAACCGAUUCUCACGAAGAAGCAAAAGAAUCUCAAAAACAAUCAAACGACUAUGUAUUAAAUGAUAAUGUUCCAUCCGUAACAGAGAACAAAAAGCUUAUAGCUACGCAAGAAGAUCCUCACAGUAAAGUGUUUUCUAAAACGAUGAAUACAGCAGUUACUAAACACGUUAAACCAAUAAAAAAUUUCUUUAAGAGAAUUAUUGAUUCAACUGGUAAAGAAAAAACGAAUGUUUAUGCCUACAUGUUCCUUUGUGAUUUCUUUAAUUUUCUUCUACUUAUUUUCGGAUUUUCUGCAUUUGGAACUCAGCAAGGCGAUGGCGGUGUAGCGGCUUAUUUGGAAGAAAAUCGAGUUCCUAUGCCUUUCCUAUUAAUGUUAUUAUUACAAUUUGCUCUAAUUGUUAUCGAUAGAGCUCUUUUCCUAAAAAAAUCUAUUCUGGGAAAAUUAAUCUUCCAGUAUUGCUUAGUACUUGGUGUUCACCUAUGGAUGUUCUUCAUUUUACCGAGCGUGACAGAAAGACAAUUUAAUGAUAAACUUCCGCCACAAAUCUGGUAUAUGAUGAAAUGUUUCUAUCUUUUACUAGCAGCUUAUCAAUUACGACAAGGAUAUCCGACUCGAAUAUUGGGUAAUUUCCUAUGCAAGAAGUACAGCAUUGUGAAUUAUACCCUGUUUAAAGGAUUUAUGUUAGUCCCAUUCCUUUUUGAACUUCGGGCAGUGAUGGAUUGGAUUUGGACUGACACAUCCAUGACUAUAAUGGAUUGGUUUAAGAUGGAAGAUGUCUUUGCUAGUAUUUAUCAAAUCAAAUGUAUGCGAGGAGUCGAAUCAGAUUACCCUCAACCACGAGGAGUAAAGAAAAAACAAAUGAGCAAGUAUUUGGUAGGCGGAAGUGUUCUUUUACUCAUUAUUGGCUUAAUCUGGUUCCCUUUGCUUCUUUUUGCCCUCGGUAGUACCGUUGGCGUGUCCAAUUUACCUUAUGAUGUAUCCAUGAAAAUACGAAUCGGUCCAUACGAACCCAUCUAUUCCAUGUCAGCACAAGGCAGUUCUAUCAUCGAAUAUACGGAAACGGAUUACAAAACUCUUACAAAUUUACAAAUAUAUUCGACAGAGAAGUCAGCUGUUACUUUCUUUGAAAAUUACAUCCAUUCUGAUGUGGCUGCAGUAAAAUUUGGCAAUUCCUCAGGAACACUUUGGGGCAUUUCCCCACCUGACAAAAAAAGAUUGAUAGAAGAACUGAUCUCUAAUACUACAACAAUAAGUAUACAUGUGGAAUGGGCAGUUUCAAGAAAAACAGAUAUCAAAGAUGCUAGUGGAAUCACUGUAACAGAUCAUAAUAUAACAUUGCCAGCGUACGUAAACGGAGAGUUCAAUCCUGUAAGACAAACAUUAGUGGACAUGUUAAGUAAGGAUCCUGGUGCAACAAAUGCAACAGUAAUAUUGCAAAAUGCCUUUCCGAAAUUUUUGAAAGUCACUGCUAGAUCCAUCAGUGUUGUUACACAAUUAAUGGAACCGCUACGUUUACUACUAGGUCAAUCUGACACAGAUAACAGGUACCUUUACAGAAAUAUGAGUAUCCGAUUAUCAACGGACAUGACAUGUUGUGAUCAUAAACAAUGGUGGAUAGUUCGUGAAGUAUGUACAGGCUCCGAUUUUUUUAGCCAGAUACCACUAAAUGAUUGCAACUAUAUCAUGAUGUUCCUAUUCAACGACAAGGUAUUCCCUGAGAGCUUAAGCUUCAUCAGCGGAUUUGGGAUUAUAGGAUUAUAUACUACAGCGGUGAUAGUUAUAAGUCAAAUGAUGCGAAAAAUCGUCAGUGAUAUGGCACCCAAGAUUAUGUUUGAUGAUUUACCCUAUGUCGAUAGAAUCCUUCGCCUUUGCUUAGAUAUUUACUUGGUUCGCGAGAGCGGCGAUUUAUGUCUCGAAGAAGACUUGUUUGCCAAAUUGAUCUUCCUCUACAGAUCACCGGAAACACUAAUCAGAUGGACGAGACCGCCCGAAGAAGGAGAGCGAAUUGGUAAUGAAGAUCAAUAUGAAGAGAGAGAAGAAAUAUCGGAAGAAAGAAGACAAGCAGAACUAUCGACUCGUGACUGAAUACAGAAAAUAUCAGUUCUUAAUUAAUGAUUUGUAUGUGUAUUGUGCAGAUACAGGUUUCUACGUAAUA